UACGCCCAGAACCCAGUGCGUUAGGUUGACACGAAAGGACCUGCUAGCCGUAGCCGCCUGAAUCUGAAAAUUACACGGGGAUCUUUAUAUGGUUGGCUGAAAUAAAGAAAGAAAAUAACUGCGAUAAAGACAAAAUAGUUCUAACUCACCAUGGAGUCCUACGACAUCAUAGCCAAUCAACCUGUGGUAAUUGAUAAUGGUUCAGGUGUGGUUAAAGCAGGAUUUGCUGGAGACCAAAUCCCAAAAUACUGCUUCCCAAACUAUGUGGGACGUCCCAAGCAUGUGAGGGUCAUGGCGGGGGCACUUGAAGGAGACCUCUUCAUUGGCCCCAAAGCUGAGGAGCACAGGGGGCUGCUGUCAGUGAGAUAUCCCAUGGAGCACGGCAUCGUCAAGGACUGGAAUGACAUGGAGCGCAUCUGGCAGUACGUCUACUCCAAGGAGCAGCUGCAGACCUUCUCUGAGGAGCAUCCUGUUCUGCUCACGGAGGCCCCUCUGAACCCAAGUAAGAACCGGGAGCGGGCGGCAGAAGUGUUCUUCGAGACCUUCAAUGUUCCAGCCCUCUUCAUCUCCAUGCAGGCUGUCCUGAGCUUAUACGCUACAGGGCGCACGACGGGCGUGGUGCUGGACGCAGGCGAUGGGGUGACCCAUGCCGUGCCCAUCUACGAGGGCUUUGCCAUCCCCCACUCCAUCAUGAGGGUGGACAUCGCCGGACGAGACGUGUCACGCUACCUGCGGCUGCUUCUGCGUAAAGAGGGCUACGACUUCCACACCUCGGCUGAGUUUGAGGUUGUGCGCACCAUCAAAGAGAGGGCUUGCUACCUGUCCCUGAACCCCCAGAAGGACGAGACUCUGGACACAGAGAAGGCACAGUACACCCUGCCUGACGGCAGUACACUGGACAUCGGACCCGCCCGGUUCCGGGCCCCCGAGCUGCUCUUCAGGCCUGACCUGAUCGGGGACGAGAGCGAGGGCAUCCACGAGGUGCUGGCCUUCGCCAUCCAGAAGUCGGACAUGGACCUGAGGCGUACCCUGUUCUCCAACAUCGUCUUGUCUGGUGGCUCCACGCUCCUCAAAGGUUUUGGUGACCGUUUGUUGAGCGAAGUGAAGAAGCUGGCACCCAAAGAUGUUAAAAUAAAGAUCUCUGCACCUCAGGAGAGAUUAUACUCCACUUGGAUUGGUGGCUCCAUUUUGGCAUCACUGGACACCUUCAAGAAGAUGUGGGUCUCCAAGAAGGAGUAUGAGGAGGACAGAGCCCGUGCCAUCCACCGAAAAACCUUCUAAUGAGAGAGGCCGCAUGGCAUUUCAACCCUGCCCAGACCCUCUGGUCCGAAUUCUCCAGCUCCUAAAUGCCUCCCUCCCUGUGCAGCUUGGCAUGCCUUCUGUAACCCCACCUCCCCACCCCAUCCCACCAACCCCCAUGUCUCGGGGAACCAGUCAGGACUGGCAAAGGGUUAGGGCAGGCAUUCUCAUACAGACCCCCUCCCCACUCCUACAAACAAGGCUUUCUGUUGCAUCUCAAGAUUGUGGACCUUUUUUGUACACAUUCGGGGCAAGGCUAUACUGCUAGAUGCAAGUAUUUAUUGUACCAUUUGACAGGCCCACUAUGAUAUCAUCAUAUCUAUUCUAAUGACAAUGAUGAAGGUGAAUGUUGUAGUAUACAUUACUGUACAAAAUCCAUUCCAAAAGGAUCAGGUACUUGCUUUUGUUUCAGCUUUUCAGGCCUUCCAGUGUUGAGGCACAUACGACUGGUGCAUUUAGGUCUGAGGAAGUAGUCACCUGAUUCAGUUUUCAAUUAUAUUUAUUUACCGAUGACACAAAUAGUUUAACGGUUUAUGAAGAAGUUGAUGGUAGGGAAAUUUACCUUAACUCACACUCCUAUGCUUCUUAGACACUGUAUUUUGUUUUAUGUAUGUCUCCAUCCGUGUCUUAAGUAAGGGGGAUAACAUUUUAUCUGAAACUGAGCUUGAUCAUACUUUCAAAGUAGCUACCGAUUUGUAGUGACCAAUUUUUGUCAUUCAUAUAUAGAUAUAUCAAGAGUGGCAUACUGUAUAUUGUGCCUGUAUCAGCAGUCAUAGUUCCAGUUUUAGCCUUUUGUGUUGGACCACAGGGCAAUUAAUCACUGUUGUGUUCUUUUUGUUAUAUAAUCUGUCCUACACAAACCGUAUGGGUAACACUAAAGUUUGAUGUGGAUCAUCGGAGUAGUUGUACUGUCUUUGGGAGCAGUUGUCUGGGAAAUCUUUAGCUCUCCGUACACAUCAGGCAUAAUUGAGGGGAACCAAUUUUUUGAGGAGGCCUUGUGAAGGUGUUAUGACCUUGGCUGACGACCCACCAAACGGUGUCAUUUUUUUUUUUGGGUGAUGCCAGAAAAUUUGACUCAAAAUUGUAAUGAAUGCCCAGUUAGAAUUGAGUAUUUAGGCCAAACUAGUUUACAGAGACCUGCAAUUGUUUUCUCUAUGAGUUCCCCAAUAAAAAUUGUAGCCUUACAAAUGUUAAUAUUAAUGGUGUAAUGUUGAAAGCGUUACUGUAGGUCAUGGCUGCCCAACCUUGUUGUUGGAUAUCUACAGUCUUGUAGGUUUUCAUUUCAGCCAAAAUGUGGCUUACCUGAUUCUACUAAUUAGCAGCUCAAUGAUCUCUUGCUGCUGAAUGAGGUGUACUUUGUUAAGAUUGGAGUGAAAACCUACAGGAUGGUAGAUCUCCAGAAGGUUGGGCAGCCCAGCUGUAGAUAAAGAGGAUGCUUAAAACAUGUUUAUAUUAUGUAUGUGCAAGCAAAAUUGAACACAUUGAUAGUAAUUUUGUGGGAGGAGGGCAUUCAGUGGUGUGGGUAGUGUUCAGGUUAUUUUGUCCAUCUCCCAGCCUUGAAGUUGAUAGCCUGUGUAUCUGCAUUGGAAAAAUAAUUAUGCUUGGAUAUUUUUUAAGGCUAAAAAAAAUACAUUGGCCCUUAAUAUUGUUGCUCAAAAUAAAGAACAUUAAAAUGGCACAAAAACAAAAUAGGAUUGAAAUGUCCAAUAUUCAAGUGUUGCUUCUACUUUUAAUUUUGUAUUCAUUAUAAUAAAUAAAUUAAUGACUGCUGUCUGA